GAUGGGUUCGAAUCUGGUUGGGUGGAGCCCCGAACUCACUGCGAUCACCUCGCUUCAUUAUCCUCUGACCUGGCUCACAUCCCCAUCCCCGUCACUCCCUGCAACGAGUGCCAACAUCCGAGGGAGAACUGGCUAUGCUUGAGCUGCAAGCAAGUUUUCUGCAGCCGAUUCGUGAACAAGCACAUGGUCGAGCAUUUUGACCCUGAUUUGAGGGAUGUGCCGAAAUAAAAGUUGUUAGAGACAUUUAUGGUUCAUAUAUUCUGCACAAUGCUGCUUAUACGGAAACUGAGUGAAGGAAAAUGCACCAAAUCAAGCAAAAACCUGGUGGUGGAAGCUAGAAGCAAAAGUUGCCGCACACUAUCAUCCUCUGCUUCUGCCCAAGAGUUGAGAUGCUUUGAAGUUGAAAAUGAGGAGGAGGAGGAAUUGAUGAGUCCUCUCCAAGGGGGAUUAUUAAGGCUUGCAUGAGGUUCCGAGGAAACAAACAUGUUGAAUCUCAUGAAAGAAGUAAUGGAUCUCAAUGUGUAGUCCAUUCAUCAAAUUCACGGAUACGUUCACGGUGGAAUAAAUUCUUCAAGUUGGGGAAAAAAAUUCCAUGAAGCGGCUACCUUCCUUCCCACCUUUUGCGACAGGGAUGUCAAGAAGAAAGUUCAAAAGCAUGAGAGAAAAUGUAGACGUUAAUUUGUGCCCCAAAAAACCUUCCUUGACAAUUUUCUCACUGCUUGAGCUGAAGACAUCGACCAACCAUUUCUAUAAAGAGAAAGGUUUGCUUUUAUGGGUCGUGCUUGGUACAGCCAAUUUGUACAAGUUCACAAGUUUUGCUCACACAAACAAAAUAGUUUAUGCUUAUGGGAGUAGAUUGUGUAAUUUUUUUGCAAUUUUUUUGUUCUCAGAAAUACAAAACCAC